AUGUCUGCCGCUUUCAACAAGGCCGCCGAGGACUCCAAGCAGCUGACGGCCAAGCCCAGCAACGAUGAGCUCCUCGAGCUCUACGGCCUCUACAAGGGCAAGGCCAAGAAGAACGCCUGGCAAAAGGUCAUCGACGAGGGCAUCUCGGCCGAGCAGGCCCAGGAGCGCUACGUCGCCCUCGUCGAGCAGCUCAAGGCCAAGUACGGCUUCGACGAGAACAAGGUCCCCGAGGCCGUCGGUAACUAA